AUGCCGUCAACCUCAAUCAGAAAACGGGUAUACGGUAUAUUUCGAACUACAUUUUCGGGAGCUGCAACUACAGAUGACACAACUGUUGAUUUGCCAAAGAAAGAAUGCUGCAACAGCUGUAAUGAUCGUCCCUCAUCAUCCACGAAUAAUUCUUUUAUUUCUGAAUGCAUCUUAAAUGGGCGAAAUGGAAAGAAGAAUGAGGCUGAAACGUACUCUGGAAAGACAGGACUUGAUCUUCCCGUUCUAAUGUUAGAGCCAUGGUCCAGACAUAUUAGAGCUUCAUAUACUGGACCGGAAGGCGGCCUGACUGAGGUAAAUGGAAUAAGGCGCCAGCCUCUUGUUAGCAUGGCAAAUUUGGAUGACGAGUUAUCCUUGAGCUUUGACGGUGAUUCGCUAGACGAAUGUAAUGGCGCAAGAUGUUCUGUGGAGGAGGAUCAGACGAGGUUACAACACUCGACAUCUGGCCUGUUAGGGUCCUGUAGUUCUUUAAUCAACACUCUGAAUUCAGAUGGUGAAGGGUCUUAUUCAGAAGCUGAGUCAUAUAAUUGGAAUAAUUUUGAUGAAGAACGGUGUUUUGGCAUAUCAAAAUCUUUAUAUGAAAAAAAUCCUAUGACUGGAAUUAAUGCGGGUAAUCCAAUAGCUGAUGUAUUCGGUAUCAUCGUUCGUGAUAAUAAUGUUAUUAUGGCACUGGCGGACGGCGUGAACUGGGGAGAGGGGUCUCGACUAGCAGCACGGUGUGCAAUACGUGGUGCAAUGGAUCAUCUCAACAGUCACCUCUUCGCUGAAGAAUGUAAAGCCACAACGGAAGUCUUUCACAUCUUGCUUGGAGCUUUCAGUUCGGCUCACACUCUGAUAAUUCAAGAAGGGGGCUUCUUAACAACACUUUGUGUUGCUGUAGCUAUUCAGCUUCGACAAAGUGACACUUGGGCAUUAUGCGUAUGCAAUGUUGGCGAUUCACUAUGUUUUGUUUACAGCCCUGUCUCCGGAGUUAGAGAGGUGACAGUUGCAUCACACGACAUCUUUAGAAUGAGGGAUAUGCGAGAUGCAGGUGGAGCACUGGGACCAGUGGACGGUGCCAAUCCCCAGUUGAAUAAUCUUACUUGUUCAAUGACUUUUGUUGAACCUGGCGACGUCAUAUUUAUCACGUCAGAUGGUGUUUCCGACAACUUUGAUCCUGUAGUUGGGAAAUUUUGUGUUAUAAAAAGUGAGGAGAGAGAAAAUAAAGAGAAUGAUGGCUCUGUGAAACCAGAUCCUUCUUCAUCAAUUUUUGAAACCAAUGACCAAGAUUCUGAAUUGAUGAAAGCAAGAAUGUGCAAUGCUUGUCUUCCAUGCGUUAACGCUGAACAAAGGCACGAACUGAUGCUGUUAAGAAUGACGGAUAUAGUUUCUAAUGGUAUCCUGCCGCCAUCUGCGAGAAACAAAGACUCUCCUACUCAUCGUUUACCCCUAGGCGGUGUUGGGGUUUCAAGUAGCCAGUUGUGUAAUAACCUAAUUCAGUUUGCCGAACAGCUGUCAAUGGCUAAGAGGCGAACCUUGGAGGAUCCAGAAUUAUACCGAAGAGAAGACGGCUUGUCCAAACGUGACCAGCGUAAUCACCGGAAAAUGGUCCGGCAUAAGUUGCGCGAUAUGCCAGGUAAAUUGGAUCAUGCCACAGUUGUCGCUUUCAAAGUUGGACUAUGGCGUGAUGAACCUACUCAAGGAUCUCAUGGUACUUUCAUUUUAUUGAAGAGUAGGAGGGAGGCAAAUAUGAAUUGGGAUUGUUCGAUAUCAUGCGAUCUUGAUUUCUCCUUGCCAAAUGAUGUGUCUGUUGAUGUGAAGAAUACUUUCGUGAACCGGAGAGCUGAGAAGGAAGCUGUUUCACUGACGGUAAAUUUAGUUGACCCAUUUUUAGAGCUGGCAACUGAUCCUAAUGCUGCAGAUGAGGAUAAACGAACCAAAAGUCCCUACGAAGAAACACCGAUAAUAAUGCGCGAGCCGGAUCACCAGAGGAAGAAAAGGAAACACAGGAGAGGGUCUCCUGGCCGUCAUACGCUAUCUGUGGACAUCACUUGGUUGAAGAACUUUGUUUUGACGAAGAAUUCGUCUAAUGGCACGCCGGCGGAUCCAGUGUGCAGACAUUCGAUGGUACAGGAAAAAGAUGAAAGGCCAUCAGUUUCGCUGCGGCAGCGCUUAAGAAACAUCAUGGGAUCUGCAAGGAAUAUCAGACAGACCAAUGCAAAGACUAUAACUUCAGGAACUGGUUUCGAAACCGUUGAAAUCCGCACGAACUAUCCUUCCUCAGCAAAUACUUCACCGAAAAAAAGGCUUCAGAUGUACUAA